AUGUCCAAGCUGCUGCCGGCUCAGGAAGCAGCCCGGAUCUACCAUACCAACUACGUGAGGAAUGCGCGGGCCAUGGGAGUGCUCUGGGCCCUCUUCACCCUCUGCUUCUCCAUCCUGAUGGUGGUGACCUUCAUCCAGCCGUACUGGAUCGGCGACAGCAUCGACACGCCGCAGGCCGGCUACUUCGGCCUCUUCUCCUACUGCAUCGGCAACGCGCUCACCGGGGAGCUCAUCUGUAAGGGCAGCCCCCUCGACUUCGGCACCAUCCCCUCCAGUGCCUUCAAAACUGCCAUGUUCUUCGUAGGCAUAUCCACCUUCCUCAUAAUUGGCUCCAUCCUCUGCUUUAGCCUCUUCUUCUUCUGUAACGCAGCCACCGUCUAUAAAGUGUGUGCCUGGAUGCAGCUGGCAGCAGCUACUGGGCUAAUGAUCGGCUGCCUGAUCUACCCUGAUGGCUGGGACUCGAGCGAGGUGAAGCGCCUGUGUGGGGACAAGACAGACAAAUACACGCUGGGCGCCUGCACUGUGCGCUGGGCCUACAUCCUCUGCAUCAUUGGCAUCCUCGACGCUCUCAUACUGUCCUUCCUGGCCUUUGUGCUGGGGAACCGGCAGGACAACCUCCUUCCAUCUGAUUUCAAAGUGGAAAAUAAAGAAGAGGGAAAUGACUGACAGAGCUCAUUACCACGGAGACCCAGAGCUCUUCUUCCAUCAUCCCUUUUUUUUAAAGUGACUUUUCUAGGAGAUUUAAACUUACCAAAUUCUGUGGAUUUUCUACAACUGUUUUCUUCACUCAUGGGGCUGCGCUUGGCUAACAGCUCUUGUGGAGUUUAUUGGAUGGGAAGAGCCCAAAUGGGACAUGGGGUUUUUCUGAGUCCAUCGACAAGAGGGGUCCUGGGCAAGAGGGGAGCGAUAGUGAUUUGCUGCUUUUUUUGUGGGGUUUGUACACCUUCUUUCAAGGACAUUACUUAUGAAUAAAGAAAAAAUAAAAAUCA